ACAUGGCGGACCCCAUCAUGGAUCUCUUUGACGACCCCAACCUUUUUGGCCUGGACUCGUUGACCGACGAGAGCUUCAGCCAGGGGGCCCCUGACCCCAUCGAGGAGGCCCUGGGGCUCCCGGGCGGGGCCCUGGACUCCUUGGCCAGCGGGUCCAAAGAACAGCAGCCCCCCUCGCAGGCGGAGCCCCCCCAGCCUCAGGCCCUGGCUCUCCCGGACGCACAACCCGAGGUGGCGCCCGAGUUGCCUCAACAGGACCAACCGGGACUCCUGCAGGCCCCUCAAGAUCAGGAGGUCCUAAGCCAAGGCAACCCAUUCAUGGGCGUCUCUUCCGCCGGUGCCACCACAUCAACUGUAGUACCCUCUUCCUCCACCGGGGGCCAGCAGGCAGCGGCCCCUCCUCCGACCCCAAAGAUCGUCAUCUUGAAGGCACCGGCGGGCGGUUCAAUGACGGGGGCCCACGUGGCCCAGAUUCAAGCCCAGCCCAUCGGGGCGGCCAACGGGGGCAAAGUGACCUUCGCCAAGGUGCUGACGGGCACCCCGCUGCGGCCGGGGAUGUCUAUUGUUUCGGGCAAUGCGGUGCUGGCCACCAAAGUCUCCCCGGGGGCCGGGGGCCCUGCAACGCUGCAUCGUCUCGUCCAGCCUGGCCGGCCUGUCAAGCAGCUGGUGUUGCAGCCCAUCAAGAGCCAACCGGGCGGGACCACGGGGGCCACGCCGCUGAAGCCAGCUGUGACAUUGACGUCGACCCCUGCACAGGGGGAGUCCAAGCGCAUCACUCUGGUCCUCCAGCAGCCCCCGGUGGGGGGCGGCCCACCGGGCCAACGCCACGUGGUCCUGGGCAGCCUGCCAGGCAAGAUCGUGCUGCAGGGGAACCAGCUGGCGGCCCUGAGCCAGGCCAAGGGGGCCCCGGGGCAGCCGGCCAAGGUGGUCACCAUCCAGCUGCAGGUCCAGCAGCCCGGCCAGCAGCAGCAGCCCCUGCCCGGGGGCCAGCCCGGCACCCAGAAAAUCCAGCUCCUGCAGCAGCCACCGGCCGGCGCCUCGGGCCCACAGGCCCCGCUGAGCAUCUCCUCUGUGCAGCAGGCCCAGGUGGUGGGGGGCACGGGGCAGAGGGUGACGGUGCCCCUCAAGGUCGUGUUGCAGCCGCAGGCCAGCUCUUCCCAGGGCAGUUCCUCGGGCCUCUCGGUUGUCAAGGUGCUAAGCAGCAGCGAGGUAGCGGCCCUCCCUUCGUCCAGCGGGACCACACGGAGCAGCUCGGACGAGUCCCGCAAGCUGGAGCACCAGAAAAAGCAGGAGAAAGCCAAUCGGAUUGUAGCAGAGGCCAUUGCCAGGGCCCGUGCGCGGGGCGAGCAGAACAUUCCCCGCGUCCUCAAUGAGGAUGAGCUGCCCAGUGUGCGCCCGGAGGAGACGGGCGAGCGCAAGCGCCGCCGGAAGGGCGGAGGAGAGCGCGUCCCCAAGGAGGAGCGUCCUCGCAAGGGCAGGGGCCAAGGGGGGUCCGGCAAGAGCAAAGGGCGGGGGAAGCCCAGCACCAUCACUCCGGUAGUGGGGAAGAAGCGAAAACGCAACGCCUCUUCUGACAAUUCGGACGCCGAGGUGAUGCCGUCCCAGUCCCCGCGCGAGGAGGAGGAGAGCAGUGUCCAGAAACGGCGCUCAAACCGGCAGGUGAAGCGGAAAAAGUACACGGAGGAUCUGGACAUCAAGAUCACGGAUGAUGAGGAAGACGAAGAACUGGACGUGACGGGGCCCAUCAAGACCGAGCAACCCCCUGUCCCGGAACCCCCCGCCCCGGAGCCGAUACCAGAGGGGGAGACGCUGCCUUCCAUGCAGUUCUUUGUGGAAAAUCCCAGUGAGGAAGAUGCCGCUAUCGUAGACAAAGUGUUAUCCAUGCGGGUGGUGAAGAAGGAGCUCCCCAACGGACAGUUCACGGAGGCAGAAGAGUUCUUUGUGAAAUACAAGAACUACUCCUACCUGCACUGUGAAUGGGCCACCAUCGCCCAGCUAGAGAAGGACAAGCGGAUUCACCAGAAGCUCAAGCGCUUUAAGACCAAGAUGGCACAGAUGAGGCACUUCUUCCAUGAGGACGAGGAGCCCUUCAACCCGGACUACGUGGAAGUGGACCGCAUCCUGGACGAGUCGCACAGCAUCGACAAGGAUAACGGAGAGCCGGUCAUCUAUUACCUGGUGAAGUGGUGUUCGCUGCCCUACGAGGACAGCACAUGGGAACUCAAGGAAGACGUGGACGAGGGGAAGGUCCGGGAGUUCAAGCGCAUCCAGUCCAGGCACCCCGAGCUCAAACGGGUGGCUCGCCCCCAGGCAGGUUCCUGGAAGAAGCUGGAGCUUUCCCACGAGUACAAAAAUGGCAACCAGCUGCGAGAAUAUCAGCUGGAGGGGGUGAACUGGCUGCUUUUCAACUGGUACAACAGGCAAAACUGCAUCCUGGCCGAUGAGAUGGGUCUGGGCAAAACCAUCCAGUCCAUCGCCUUCCUCCAGGAGGUGUACAACGUGGGCAUCCGGGGUCCCUUCCUGGUCAUCGCCCCGCUCUCCACCAUCACCAACUGGGAGCGGGAGUUCAACACCUGGACCGAGAUGAACACCAUCGUCUACCAUGGCAGCCUGGCCUCCCGCCAGAUGAUCCAGCAGUAUGAGAUGUACUGCAAAGACUCCCGGGGCCGCCUGAUCCCGGGCGCGUACAAGUUCGACGCCCUGAUCACCACCUUCGAGAUGAUCCUGUCCGACUGCCCCGAGCUGCGGGAGAUAGAGUGGCGUUGCGUCAUCAUCGAUGAAGCCCACCGCCUGAAGAACCGCAACUGUAAACUGCUGGACAGUCUGAAGCACAUGGAUUUGGAGCACAAAGUGUUGCUGACUGGCACCCCCCUGCAGAACACGGUGGAGGAGCUCUUCAGCCUCCUGCAUUUCCUCGAGCCCUCCCAGUUCCCCUCGGAAUCGGAGUUCCUCAAGGACUUUGGCGACCUCAAGACCGAGGAGCAGGUCCAGAAGCUGCAGGCCAUACUGAAGCCCAUGAUGCUCCGGCGGCUGAAGGAAGACGUGGAGAAGAACUUGGCCCCCAAGCAGGAGACCAUCAUCGAGGUGGAGUUGACCAACAUCCAGAAGAAGUACUAUCGGGCCAUCUUGGAGAAGAACUUCAACUUCCUCUCCAAGGGGGCGGGUCACAGCAACAUGCCCAACCUGCUCAACACCAUGAUGGAGCUACGGAAAUGCUGCAACCAUCCCUACCUCAUCAAUGGUGCAGAGGAGAAGAUCCUGACCGAGUUCCGGGAUUCCUGCCACCACCACGUGCCCCACGACUUCCCUUUGCAGGCCAUGGUGCGCUCCUCUGGGAAGCUGGUGCUGAUCGAUAAGCUGCUUCCCAAAUUGAAAGCCGGUGGGCACAAGGUGCUGAUUUUCUCCCAGAUGGUCCGCUGCCUUGACAUCUUGGAGGACUACCUCAUUCAGAAGAGGUACCUCUACGAGCGCAUCGACGGGCGGGUACGAGGGAACUUGCGCCAGGCGGCCAUUGACCGAUUCAGCAAGCCCGACUCGGACCGCUUCGUCUUCCUUCUCUGUACGCGGGCGGGGGGGCUGGGGAUCAACCUGACGGCGGCCGACACCUGCAUCAUUUUCGACUCGGACUGGAACCCCCAGAACGACCUGCAGGCGCAGGCCCGCUGCCACCGUAUCGGGCAGAGCAAGGCGGUGAAGGUUUACCGGCUCAUCACCCGCAACUCCUAUGAGCGCGAGAUGUUCGACAAGGCCAGCCUGAAGCUGGGGCUGGACAAGGCCGUCCUGCAGUCCAUGAGCGGGCGAGAAGGCAGCAUCGCCGGGAUCCAGCAAUUCUCCAAGAAGGAGAUUGAGGACCUGCUGCGCAAGGGGGCUUAUGCCGCCAUCAUGGAAGAGGACGACGAGGGCUCCAAGUUCUGUGAGGAAGACAUCGACCAGAUCCUGCUCCGCCGCACAACCACCAUCACCAUUGAGAGCGAAGGCAAGGGGUCCACUUUCGCCAAGGCGAGCUUCGUGGCCUCUGAGAACAGAACAGACAUAGCCUUGGACGAUCCGAACUUCUGGCAGAAAUGGGCCAAGAAGGCAGAUCUGGACCUCGAUAUGCUGAACAGCAAGAACAACCUGGUGAUCGACACUCCGCGGGUGCGGAAGCAGACCCGCCACUUCAGCACCCUGAAGGACGACGACCUGGUGGAGUUCUCCGACUUGGAAAGCGACGACGAUGACCGGCCGCGCUCCCGGCGCCACGACCGGCAUCACCAUCCCCUCCACCAUUCGUACGGUCGCACGGACUGCUUCCAGGUGGAGAAACAACUGCUGGUCUAUGGCUGGGGCCGCUGGCGGGAGAUCCUGUCGCACGGGCGAUUCAAGCGGCGCAUGUCCGAGCGGGAUGUGGAGAUCAUCUGCCGGGCCAUCCUGGUGUACUGCUUGAUGCAUUACCGGGGCGAUGAGAACAUCAAGGGAUUCAUUUGGGACCUUAUCAGCCCGGUUGAGAACGGCAAAGCUAAGGAGCUUCAGAAUCAUUCCGGCCUGUCCAUCCCGGUCCCCCGGGGCCGCAAGGGGAAGAAGGUGAAGUCCCAGACUACUUUCGACCUCCAGAAAGCCGAAUGGAUUCGCAAGUACAACCCGGAUACCCUCUUCCAGGAUGAGGGCUACAAGAAGCACCUCAAGCAUCAGUGCAACAAGGUGCUGCUACGGGUGCGCAUGCUUUAUUACCUGCGCCAGGAGGUGAUCGGGGACCAGGCCGAGAAAGUGUUGGCAGGCAGCAUUGCCAGUGAGACUGACAUCUGGUUUCCGCUGGUGGAUCAGGCAGAAGUCCCCACGGCCUGGUGGGAUGCGGAAGCUGACAAGUCUUUGCUGCUGGGGGUCUUCAAGCACGGCUACGAGAAGUACAACACAAUGCGAGCGGACCCCACACUUUGCUUCUUGGAGAAGGCCGGUCGUCCGGACGAGAAAGCCAUUGCGGCUGAGCACCGCCUGGACGUCGGGGAAGGAGUGGAUUUUGACAAGGAUUGCGAGGACCCCGAAUACAAGCCAGUGGGCGGCCCGGUCAAGGAGCAGGAAGAAGAGCCUGAUCCGCUGAUGAUGAUGGAUGAGGAAAUAUCUGUAGUGGACGGCGAGGAAGGUAAAUACGGCCAGCCGGGGAACCUGUUCUGGCCCCCGGCCUCGGCGCUCACCGCCCGCCUGCGGAGGCUUAUCACCGCGUUCCAGCGGAGUUACAAGCGGGAGCAGCUCAAGAUGGAGGCGGCCGAGCGAGGGGACCGGCGACGGCGGCGCUGUGAGGCUGCCUUCAAGCUGAAGGAGAUGGUGCGGCGGGAGAAGCAGCAGAGAUGGACACGUCGAGAGCAGUCGGACUUUUACCGCGUGGUCUCCACAUUUGGAGUGGAGUACGACCCGGACACCAUGCGUUUCCACUGGAGCCGCUUCCGGGCCCUCGCCCGGCUGGACAAGAAGACAGACGAGAGCCUGACAAAGUAUUUCCACGGUUUCGUGGCCAUGUGCCGGCAGGUGUGCCGGCUCCCCCCUGCCGUGGGCGACGAGUCUCCAGACCCAACGCUGUUCAUCGAGCCCAUCACAGAGGAGCGGGCCUCGCGCACCUUGUACCGCAUCGACCUCUUGCGGCGUCUGCGGGAGCAGGUGCUGUGCCACCCCCUGUUGGAGGAGCGGCUUGCCCUGUGCCAGGCCCCCGGGCCCGAGAUGCCCGUGUGGUGGCAGUGCGGACGCCAUGACGGAGAGCUGCUGCGGGGCGCGGCACGCCACGGUCUCAGCCAGACCGACGCCACUAUCAUGCAGGACCCGGACUUCUCCUUCCUGGCGGCUCGCCUCAGCCACCUGCACAGUCGGGCCGGGGGCACGGGGACGCCGCCUCCCCCGUCGCUGCCGCCGCUGCCGCCGCCCCCACCACCCCCGCAGCCUUCCCCUUUGGCCCUCCCCGGAGCUGUUGCCACUACCGCUGCUUCCCCCAUGCUCUUCCCCCCGCCCCUGCACGAGCUGCCCGCCCCCCAGCAGCCCCCGGCCCUCCCCUUUAAGCCGGACUCGGCCGACGACUCUGACUCGGAGCUCGACCUCAGCAAGAUCUCUGCUUCUUCAUCCUGCUCCUCCUCCUCUGGCUGCUCUGAUGACAGUGAGGGUGAAGAGGCCUCCUGUGGCGGGAAACUGUUUGAGGAGGAGGAGUCACUUCUCUCCCUGCCCACCUCCCACGAAGGCAACUCCCCGCAGCCCAGCGCUUCGGACCUGCUGUUGCAAGAACGCCAGCGUGCCCACGAGUGGCCGAAGGACCGCGUUCUCAUCCACCGCAUCGACAUGGUAUGCCAGGCUGUGCUUUCGGGGAAAUGGCCUUCAGCGCAGAGCCAGGCGGGCGCCUGCGUGGGCCAGGGAGAGAGCCUACCCCGCUUGCACGGGGACUACACCAGCUCUCCCAUCCCCCACAUUUGCCCGCUGGCGUCUCAGGAGGAAGGGGCCACCUCCUUCACCCGCCUCCGACACGGCGGUCAAGAAAAGGAGUUUACCGUGCAGAUCAAAGAUGAAGAAGGAAUAAAGCUCACUUUCCAGAAGCACAGACUGGUCCCCAAUGGCACCAUGAGGGACCGUCCCGCCGUCACCCAGAAGAAGAGCAGCAAGAAGAUGGUGGAGCUGGAGCUGCAGUGUCUGGAAGCGCUGAGAGGCCCCGACAUCGAUCUCGAAGCCCGGAUCCCGGUGGUGAACAAGACGGAUGGGACCCUGCUGGUGGGCGAUGCCGCUCCUCGGCGGGCAGACCUGGAGGUGUGGCUGCAGGCCCACCCGGAGUUCACCGUGGACCCUCGUUUCCUGGCCUAUAUGGAGGAACGCCGAAAGCACCGGUGGCCCCGGUUUCCAAAGCCGGUUCCGAUUGAGCCGAGCUGCCUGGUGGGGCUAGAGCGAAUGCAGGCUGCCAGCCUCUCUGCCAACGGGAAGAAGGGUUUCCUGCCAGAUCCUACCAUGAACCGUCUCCUGCCAGGAGCGGUAGCAGCCGACAGUGCCCAGAAGCGGGGCCGCCAGACUCCCAUGGAAUUCUCCAACAUGAUGGCGCUGAUGGGAGCCGGCCGGGUCCAGUUGGGGGCCGCAGGGCCUCUCUCCUUGCAUCACGCCCACUUCCAGCCCGGGCCAGCUCACGGCUCUCCUCUCUCAUACAUGCCCUUCUCGACUGCAGCCGCCACCGCCUCCUCCUCCUCUGGCGCCCUGCUGCACCCAGCGCUGGGCCACGCCGGCUUCGCCACGGGCCACUUGCACCUGGGCCACCCCCAGCCCGUGGACGAGGAUGAGGAGGAAGACGAGAUGGACGACUUGUCUCAGGGCUACGCCAGCUCGGAGCGGGACUUCUCCUUGCUCGACGAUGACCCGAUGAUGCCAGCCAACUCCGACUCCAGCGACGAGGACGGGGAGGAGGAAGGGGACGACUGAACCGAGCCCGGAAAUGGACGGGAGAA